CUCUCACAGAUGUGUCACUUCUUAAUCUUCCGAACUUCUGACUUUUAAUCUCAGCACUUCUGAGGGGUUUAUUCUCCCCAAUAUAUGACUUUAGAAUUUCUGGGGGGUUUCUCAUUUAUUUAUAGUAAAUAAUAAUAUCGUAGCAUCCAGUAAAUAAUAUUAAAGUGAAAGUGAAAAAAGAAACCCUGUUCUGAACUUCAGCAGAUGAUGAGGUAAACCUGAAUGACAAGAAACACAAGCGAGUUUUGUCUGUUUUGUUCACAGCAUCCAUUUGCCAGUGUACUACAGCAUUUCUCAGAGAUUCUUCCUGUGGCCUUUAUUCUUCUGUGUAAAGUAAUGCUCCAGAUCUGUUAAAUUUUGAGGGGAUCUCCUGUGAACAGCCCUCUUCAAGUCCUUCCAGAGGUUUUCAGCAGGAUUUAGAUCUGGGCUCUUACUGGGCCAUUCCAAAACACUGAUCAUCGUCUUCUUCUGAAGCUUUAUGGAUGAGUAUGACAUUAUCGAUGCUGCUGAAAUUGAAGAAAUUAAAAUGUCACUAGCCAAUGAAGAUCUGCCAUCAGCUGUUGGCAAGAUUAAGGAUUACUUUGCACAACAAGACUGUGUGGAACUGAACAUUGCUAUAACAGGAGAGUCUGGAUCUGGAAAAUCCACAUUUAUCAAUGCCUUCAGAGGUUUAGGGGAUGAAGAUGAAGGCUCUGCAGAAACUGGUGUUGUAGAGACCACUACAAAGGCUACCCCUUACCCUCACCCCAAAUUCCCAAAUGUCAAAUUGUGGGAUCUCCCUGGCAUUGGAACCCCCAGAUUCAAAGCUGAUGAAUAUCUCGAAGAGGUUCAGUUUGAACAAUAUGAUUUUUUCAUCAUCAUAGCAGCAGAUCGUUUCAGAGAAUGCCACACCAAUUUGGCAACAGAGAUAGUAAAAAUGAAAAAGAAGUUUUAUUUUGUUCGAUCAAAGAUUGACAGCAACAUUGAGGCUGAACAGCGAAAGAAGACGUUUAACAAAGAAAAGACACUGAAUGCUAUCCGAGACAACUGCAUUAAAGGUCUAGAAGAGAUUGGUCUAAAGUCUCCUGCUGUCUUCCUCAUCUCUUGCUUCGAACUCAGUCUGUAUGAUUUCAACCGUCUUGAGGAGACCAUGGAGAGGGAACUUCCCCAGCACAAGAGAGAUGUACUGAUGUUGGCCCUUCCAAACAUCACUCUGGAGAUCAACGAGAGGAAAAAGGCGGCACUGCAGAGCAAAAUUUGGAAGGUGGCUCUGAUCUCUGCCGGGGUUGCAGCUGUGCCAAUACCUGGUUUAUCAAUCAGUGUAGAUGUGUCCUUCUUGGUGUCAGAGCUUAGAAAAUAUUACAAUGCCUUCAGUUUGGACCCAGACUCCUUACAGAAGCUUUCUGAGAGAUCAGGGAAACCAGUAGAUGAGCUAAAAUCUGUGCUUAAAUCUCCUCUGAAUCAAGAAAUAACCAAGGAUCUCAUUAUUAAGUUGCUGACAAGUUCAAGUCUUGUCGUUUUAGAAUCAGCAGUAGAGUACUGGCUGGGUUUAAUUCCUGUUCUGGGAUCAGUGGCAGCUGGGUCACUGUCCUUUGCUACGGUUUACUUCAUACUGAAGCGUUGUCUGAAUGAACUUGCUGAAGAUGCCCACAAUGUGCUCAUGACUGCUUUGCAAACAGCAGUAUAAAAAUGCAAGCAGUGUACCAUUCCACCUCUAUUGUGAAUUAUCACAAAAAAAAUUUAGCCAUCAUAAUAUGACUUUAACUUUUUAUUUUUUAUACUCAUUGUUUGAUUAAAACAAUGAUCCAUGAGAGGGUGUAAGUAGAUCUGUCUCAGGAUGACAGAGCUGGUGACCUAGCCAAUGUAGCUGUCUCUCCUUGACUGCUAAGGACAGUUGUUUCUCUUGAGCCUUAGCAUACAGGUCUUCAUUGCUGAUAGGCUCCUGCCAUUUGAUAUUCAUCACAAUAUGGAGGCAAUGUUUUUGAAAGACAUCAAGGAUUUCAAAAAGAUUAGAUGUUAGGACCCAAGUCUCACAACUGUAGAGCAAAACACUAAGAACUGACACUUUGAACAGAGAUAUCUUCAGCUUGAUAGCGGCUAUUGACUUCCAAAAUCUUUCAAGAGUCCAGAAGGCACCCUAAGCUUUGCUCUUACACCGCUUUAAGUCUGCCAGACUGCCUGAUACGUAUGAGCCAAGGUACUUGAACUCAUUCACAAAGUGAAGUUCGAUACCAUUGACGUGGAGUUUGUGGGUACGCUGAAUGUUUUUUGUGAAUACCUCCAUCUUGUCUGUACUGAUGGAUAGACCAACCUGCUUGGCAGAGGUGGCUAGUGAGUUUACUUGUUCUUCAGUCCCCCCAGGAUUCCGCGGGCCUUUUUUGUGAUUGUUGCGGGCUAAAAUGUCUGAUGUUGCAGGGGUUUUCCAAAAAAUUGCGAUGAAAGUUGCGGUGUUUUUUUAGGUUUUUGUUGCAAUUACAUUGUGGGAGGAAGUGAAAGUUGCGAGAAAUUGUUGCGAUUUUCUCUUUUUGUGAUUAAAAUUGAGUGAUAUGUUAAAUAUUAAGUUAUUACUGAAAAACUAUUGAUAAAAAAAACAAAAAGACACUGAGAAAUGGUCCUGCAAACAACUUUACCAAUAUAAAAGAUUACCAGGACUACAAAAAUGCAGAAAAAUAGGCUUUACUUAUCCAAAUGCACCUGUUGGUUCAAAAGUUAAAGUGCAUAGAACCUCACAGCACGACAUGAAGUUACCUUAAAAUAUAAUAUAACUGCCUCAGCUUUCAUGUAAGAAAAAAAAACUAUUAAUACUAGUACUGUGGGCAGGCAGUCUCUCCUGAAGACUAAAUUAAACAAUAAUUAUAAACUAAUAAAAUAAAUGGCUCAGGCUUCAUAGAAGAAAAAAAACAAUUUGAACAGAAUCUCACAGUAUGAUGCUGAAGCUACCUAAACAAUGGAAAAUAAAAUACCAUUUUGGCAAAAA